AUGAAAGUAGACGAGAUCACGGGCACGGUGAUGCCUCUGGAGACCAUUCCCCGCGCGGACAACUCCGUGACACAAACUUCCUCUCCUAUCAAUCCCAAAUGGAGUCCGCAGGAUGACGUCUGUGCCAAGUUGUUUGGCCCAUGGGAUAAUCUACCUUGCUACGACCAUAUCAACGAGGUGCGGCUCCUGCGAGACCUUGAUAACGCCAUAGUCCUAUUCGAGGAGCAGAUCAACCACAGUGAUGCCGGCUUCCGUGCUUGGCGGAUUCGACACAAACAGGCCAUGGAAGCUGGGUUGGUUGAAGUCCCAGGAUUCCCAUGCCUUCAUACCGUUCGUAAGGGGAAGCGCGUCUGGCACGACGAUGCAUGGGAGCAGCGAUACCACUAUCUCGUUUAUCAGCGACGUGAGAUCAUCAGGGGGCGCCUCUCGAGGCUCCUUGCAUUGCCUCGAUAUGCACAGGAAGACUUCUUCGGACAGCGACCUGCACUUCCUCGAAUGAUCUUGCAACGCUGCAAGGGACGGUACACUCGACCUCUGUUGCUGCGAUGCGACUGGUGGCGAUCUGUGGAUGAUCUCUUGAAAGCAGCAGCCGAGAGGUGGAAAAUGGACGAGGCAGAAUUGAAGGCUCGAUUCUGGGCAGACGAUUGCGGUUCUGGCGUCAAGACACAAGCGCGAGAAUGGGACGGUAGAAUGAAAAAAGAGGACAGCGUUGAAUUAAACACUAAGGAAGAUGAAUUCAAUCCGCUCGAGUUUGCUGCAAACUGGGUUUCCGAGACAUGGUGGUUUGCUCAUGGUCGACGGACACUAUGA